GUACAAUUCCACCUCCUUCGUUCUGUUCUCUCGUUAGGAAAUUGGAGUACUUCAGGUAAGCUGCAGAUGCAUGCCAUGAAGUCGCAGGCCAUUUUCCUGUAUUUUUUCCUUGGAAUCUUAGCUUGCGUGAAGGCAGAAGACGCAUAUAGAUAUUUUACAUGGACAGUUACAUAUGGAACAAUUUCUCCUCUUGGUUUUCCUCAACAGGGCAUUCUUAUCAAUGGGCAAUUUCCUGGCCCUACAGUCGAUUGCGUGACUAAUGACAACAUAAUUGUGGAUGUUAUCAAUAAACUGGAUGAACCUUUCCUCAUUACAUGGAAUGGAAUAAACAUGCGAAAAUCAUCAUGGCAAGAUGGAGUGCUUGGAACGAAUUGCCCGAUCCCUCCAAACACAAACUGGACAUACAAGUUUCAAGCCAAGGAUCAGAUUGGAACCUUCACCUACUUCCCUUCAACUCAACUCCAUAAAGCCGCCGGGGGUUUUGGGGGUUUCAAUAUUGCACAAAGGUCCGUCAUUUCAAUCCCAUAUCCUCAACCUGAUGGAGAAUUCACACUGCUUGUUGGCGAUUGGUACAAGGCCAACCACAAGGCAUUGCGGCAAAAAUUGGACUCCAACAUUCCUCUUCCUCUACCUAACGCUCUGCUCAUAAACGGGGUUUCUAAUACUUCUGUCUUCACAGGCGAAGCAGGGAAAACGUACAAGUUGAGGGUGUCAAACGUGGGCAUAGCAACUUCGAUUAACUUCAGGAUUCAGGGCCACGUGCUGAAGCUGGUUGAAGUAGAGGGAAGUCAUUGUGUACAGGACACGUACGAGUCGCUUGACGUUCAUGUGGGUCAAUCGGUGGCAGUUUUGGUUACCUUACAUGGGUCAGUCAAGGACUACUUCAUUGUUGCUUCUUCCCGUUUCACAAAGCCUAUUCUCACUACCACCGCAAUUCUUCGCUAUGCUGGUUCCAACACCCGACCCUCUAGGCCGCUGCCUAUCGGUCCAACUUAUCACCUUCACUGGUCUAUGAAGCAAGCCAGGACCAUCAGGUUGAAUUUGACAGCCAAUGCUGCGAGGCCAAACCCUCAAGGAUCAUACCAUUAUGGUACCAUACCGGUGACGAGGACAAUUGUUUUAGAAAAUUCUCAAGCCAAAAUAGGCGGCAAGCUACGGUAUGCUGUUAACGGGAUCUCCUACAUCAAUCCAGACACGCCGUUGAAGCUUGCAGACUGGUUUAACAUCCCCGGUGUCUUUGGCCUCAACACAAUAAAGGACACCCCAACUCCUGGCCCUGCAAUCCUUGCCACCUCUGUCAUUGGAACUACCCUUCAUGACUUCGCUGAAAUCGUCUUCCAAAACAAUGAAACCUCUGUCCAAUCUUGGCACUUUGAUGGAACCAUUUUCUACAUUGUUGGAUAUGGUUCUGGUCAGUGGACACCCGACAUGAGAAAACGCUACAAUUUGGUUGACGCCAUUACUAGGCACACUGUUCAGGUAUAUCCGAGGUCGUGGAGCGCAAUAUUGGUGUCUUUAGACAACAAGGGAAUGUGGAACUUGAGGUCUGCAAUUUGGUCGAGGAGAUAUUUGGGACAGGAAUUAUAUGUGAGAGUUUGGAACAAUGAACGCAGCGUCUUCACUGAGAAUGAUAUCCCUCCCAAUGCAUUGCUUUGUGGCAAGGCCACGCACUCAUAAAAAUAAUUUUCUUUUGUUAGUGUGUAAUAUUUUUUCUCUUUUUUUUUUUAGUUUGAAAUUUCAGUUACGAGGGGGUGACUCUCAGGAAAAAAAGAAAAAAAACAAGAGGGGAAAUAGGCUUAGAGUGAUGGCUAGUGGAAAGUUUCAACUGUCAUUAAUUGUAUUAGAGCACUUCCUAUUCAUAAUUAUAAUAAACAUUUCCCCACCAUGUUUCCAUUA